AUUAUUUAUUUAUUUGAUUAUAAAAUUCUCUUUAUUUAUUUAUUUUUCUCUUCUUUCCCAUUGGCAUUCAUCCACCAGCUGAAGCCUGUGAGCUCUCUCCCCCUUCAAUCCCUCAUCGUACCUCAAACCCCCCAAUCACGACCCAAAUUUUCGUCCAAGUCUAGUUCCGCUAGGGUUUCUAGCAUCGCUCUGAUCCGUCUGAUAUUGUCACUGAGUUUUUGAAAUUUCAGAGUGUGAGACACCUCCGACUAUGGGAGGAGGAGGUGAGGGUUCUGUGGACGACGGGACCUACUCCGACGAUGGAGAUGGAGUCAAGGUCAACGUCAACGUCAGAUGCUCCAAUGGCUCCAAGUUCACCGUUCAGAUUAGCCUCGAAUCCACCGUUGGAUCGUUCAAGGAAGUUCUCUCGCCAAAAUGCGACAUUCCGGCCGAGCAGCAGCGUCUGAUUUACAAGGGUCGGAUCUUAAAGGACGAUCAAACCGUCCAAAGCUACGGUUUGGAGGCAGAUCACACUGUUCACUUGGUUCGUGGUUUUGCACCGCCUGUGUCAGCCAACCCUGCUGGUGCAACCAAUGCUGGAGCUGCAAAUUCCACCCAAGCAAGGGGUAUUGGAUCCAAUGAUGGUGGAACAUUGGGAGGGUCUGGUUUUGGAGCCUCACCAUUCCCGGGACUCGGACUUAAUGGUAUGGGUGGCACUGGUGGUCUGUUUGGAGCUGGGCUUCCUGACUUUGAACAAGUGCAGCAACAAUUGACUCAGAGCCCCAGCGUAAUGAGAGACAUAAUGAACACGCCUGCCGUUCAAAAUCUUAUGAAUAACCCUGACAUAAUGCGGAACUUGAUUAUGAACAACCCUCAAAUGCGUGAAAUUAUUGAUCGAAAUCCCGAGCUAGCACACGUACUUAAUGAUCCUGGCACGCUCCGUCAGACACUUGAAGCAGCAAGAAACCCCGAGCUUAUGCGUGAGAUGAUGCGUAACACUGACAGAGCCAUGAGCAACAUUGAAGCUACUCCUGAGGGAUUUAACAUGCUCAGGCGGAUGUAUGAAAACGUACAAGAGCCAUUUAUGAAUGCAACAACAAUGGCUGGGAAUGCUGGGAGUGAUGGUUCAAACCCAUUUGCAUCUCUUUUGGGGGCCCAAGGUGGCAACCAAACCAGAUCUGAUUCAAUGAAUGGUUCUCCCGCUCCAAAUACUAACCCGCUUCCCAACCCAUGGUCCUCUACAGGCACAGCUGGAGUUGCCGAAACGAACACCACAGCAUCGAAUCCUAUCGGUGAUGCUAGGCUGCAGACACCAACUCCCAUAGCUGGACUUAACUUUCCAGAGUUUGAAGCAUUGGGUGCCCCGCCACAGGAUUACAAUUCAAUGAAUCAGUUUAUGCAAAAUCCAGCUGUUUCUCAAAUAAUGCAAAGCCUCAUCUCCAAUCCUCAGUAUAUGAACCAGAUUCUAGGUUCCAACCCCCAGUUUCGAAGCAUGCUUGAUUCCAAUUCUCAUUUAAGAGAAAUGAUGCAAAACCCUGAAUUUCUUCGUCAGUUGGCUUCUCCUGAGACUAUGCAGCUGCUCUUGACUGUGCAGCAAUCACUUAUGUCUCAGUUUGGUCGGCAACAGCAACAGUCAACCCAGGAAACAGGUCAAACUGGUGGAACCGCAGGAUCAUUCAAUAACACGGGGCUAGAGACGCUGAUGAACAUGUUUGGUGGGCUUGGCACUGGCAGCCUGGCUGUUCACAAUAGGCCUGAUGUGCCACCGGAAGAACUCUAUGCUGCACAGCUUUCACAACUUCAGGAGAUGGGUUUCUUUGACCGACAAGAGAACAUAAGGGCUCUGAUGGCCACUGCAGGAAACGUCCAUGCAGCAGUAGAGCGACUUUUGGGGAAUUCCGGUUUAUAGGUUGUAGUAGCAACUUUUCUAUUAAUCUGGUUAUGUUCAUGUGGUGGCUGCUGAGAUUGGUCAUGCUGGACCUGAGAUGUAUUAAAGUGCCCAUUUUGGGUGUGAAUAAGCUGAUAAUACGAGCCUUAAGUUUGUGGCACAAGCUAUUCUCAAUGGAUUAUGGUCUCUCUCUCCGGAGGCCUGGCAGUCCUCAGUGUACAUACUUAAGAAAAUUUCGUCAUAUGAAUGGUUUGGAAAAAUUUGUUUACCAA